CCGCCAAACUUCAUACCAUUCCACCACAACCACAUACCGACAAGAUGGCUCCCUCCAUGGAUAUGACAGCCGUGAUCGCGAUCAUCAUCCUCAACUCAGAAGACGGGUCCCGCAUCUACGAGAAAUACUACAACGUCCCCCACCGCAAUCCCCACGGAGCCACCGUGCGCUCACAAGCCUAUCCCGACGUCAAGUCCCAAAAAGCUUUCGAAAAGGGCCUCCACGAAAAGACCGCCAAGCAAACCUCCGAUGUCAUCCUCUACGACAACAAAAUCGUGCUCUACAAAUCCGAAAGCGACGUGAUGAUGUACGUCGUUGCAGGCCUGGAGGAGAACGAGAUUAUGCUCUAUAAUGUGAUCUUGAGUUUGAGGGAUAGUUUACAUUUAUUGUUCAAGCAAUCGGUAGACAAGCGUACGAUUAUCGAGAAUUACGAUCUGGUUGCUCUCGCCAUUGACGAAAUUGUGGACGAUGGUGUUAUUUUGGAGACGGACCCGACGAUCAUUGUGCAAAGAGUUAGCAAGGCGCCCACACAGGAUGUUACGCAAUUGAAGGGCAUUGAUUUGAGUGAGCAAGGCAUGAAUAAUUUAGCACAGUUUGGAAAGGCGAAGUUGGGUGAUUGGUUGAGACAAGGUCUAUGAACUGGGUGGUAUUCUUGCUCUGGAGAGAUUGGUCCUGUGGCAGACCGAUAUCUAGGCGGUGACUUGAGGAAAGGCAGCUCAUAGAGUCUCAGGAGUCUAUAUCAGAGUCCAUAGAGUGGCUACGGGGCGAAGUCAUAGGUGACAUACGAAAAGCUUGGGAGUAGACUGGAGUUCUGGUGCAGCAUUUCCUGGCGCGGAAAGCUCGAUCUGAAUUUAACUGAAGCAUUGCAAUCUGCAAUAGCUGGUAUCUAUUCUAUUACUUCUCGAUGACAGUUGCUGCCUUGCGAAGCCUAUUCAUAACUGCAGCAGCAAUGUCUCCUUCGUCCUCUAUACCCUCGACAUAUAUAAC